UACUGAAAAAGUAGAUAAUGUCAUCUAAAGUAAAAUGUGGCUACUGUGGCUGGAUACUGAACAUGGACAAUAUUUUUCAACAUUCUUGUUUCAGUACUUAUGACGAAGCACACAAUGUUUUAAGCAUAAAUGAGACAGGAAAAGUUGUCAUGACAAAUAAAAAUGUACAAGAAAAUUUGAUGGAGACAUCAGCUUGUGGAAGCUCACAAGAUCAAACAAUGGAUGAAAAUGUUCCAGAAGCACAAGUAUUAGAUGAGGAGCUGAUAAGCUUAAUUCAACAACGACCGGCCUUGUAUGAUUAUCGAAUACCAACUCAAGAAAGAACCAAAUUAAAGAAAAAAGACCUAUGGCAGGAAGUCAGCAAUUGUGUAGGAGGUGCAUAUUCAUCUGCUUACGCAGAAAAAAGAUGGCAAUAUUUAAGAGAUUGCUAUACAAAAGCUAGGAGGAAUUUUAAGAAAAUACAAAGUAUUGAAAAAAAGAGUGGUGCCGCUGGUACGUCCACAAACGAAAGAAAUAAACCGUCCUUCCGCUUUUACGAUGCAAUGAGUUUUCUUAAUGACACAUUAGAAUAUAAAGAGACAUGCACAUCUGUAAGAAUACCAAAUAGAAAAGCAACAGAUCAAGUAACAAAUAAUUUUCCUAUUUCUUCACCUUCUUCUUCAGAUUUAUUUUGUAAUGAUAAUAAUUUAGAUUUAGAAAAUAGGCCACCUUUAACGCCAUCACCUGUCUCUGAAUUUUCUGCAGCGUCUUCAUCUUCACGAAAAAGACGACAUUCAAAUAAUAUUAACGAUUUAGAUAGAGCUUUCUUAAACAUGAAUAUUCAACCCAGCCCUAUUGAUGGGUUUAUGUUACGAUUGGCAGAAGGGAUGCGUCGACUACCCUACAAAGAAAGGUCUAAGUUAGGGUUGGAGUUUUUAAUGAAAUUACGUGAAGCGGAGGAAAGGCUGGGACUAUUGAAUGAUUGA